GUCAUGUAGGUGUGAGACUGUGUGGUGUUCCUCAGCAUUCUUAAAUGCUCCAACCCAACACAUCCCACUCGGCGCCUCGCAAGUUAUUGCUGUGUCGAUGGUGACGGUUUCUAUUGCUAAAAGUUGCUCAGCAACUGCCUUUACCGUGCUUCUUUUCCUGAAUCCCCUCAUCUUUUCCUGAAUCCCCUCAUAUUUUCCCUUUAUAAGUGACCCAUAAUAUUCCUUCUUUCUCAUACUCUCAAUCUCAGAAGUUGAUUUCCAUGGAGCUCAAAUCUACCGUCUCCGUUGUCUUCCUCCUCCUGCUUCUCCUCGCCACCCCUCGCAUCUCUAGAGGGAGCUCGGAUGCUUUGGAUACGGAGGUGUAUCAGAUUGAUUACCGAGGUCCAGAGACCCACUCUUCAAUCCCCCCGCCGGACCAUUAUGGCGGUGGCAGGCCUUUUAUUCACCGACAGAGCGCCCGCGGCAACAGGGAAGGAAAUGUCUGGCUUGGAUUUUAAAAUUCUUUCGUUUCUAAUGAAGUUGAGGUCAAGUUAAGCUUAAUUUUUCAGAAGUUUAUGCUAUGAAUCUUUGGUUUCUAGAAUGAAGUUUUGCUAAAUAGAUUUCUAACUGAUAAUUUUCACUAAUUUAUAAAACUCAACUAUUUUUUCAGUCUCGAACUGUUAAAAACUUGCCGUCCCAACAUGAAAUGUACACUGUGCCCAACUUUUUCUUUUUUCUUCUUCCAUUUCCAUUCAUUAACAAUAAAAUGGGUAUUUCAAGUUCAAAUUAGUUCUCUCACUCAGUCCAGAUUGAAGAAAGGGUUUUUAUUAUUAAAAUUAUUUAUAAUAAUUUUACAUAAUUUCAUGAUUUCUUCAUUUGUUAUUUGUUCUUAUCUGCAGGCCAAGAAAAUCCAUGGGUGAAGAAGUUCUAGAAGCCUGAGGGGUAAUUUUUGGUGGUAGUUAUUAUAUCCCUACAGUUUCUUCUCCAUAUAUAUGGAUACCAGAAAAGAUUCGCAAUGGAAGUCUGAUGCUAUCUUUAGCAAUUAUCUAUCUAUAUAAUUGUAAAUGCUAAUUGUGUGAUUUUUAAAUCUUAUGUUUAAGUAAAUGUGAUGCUAUAUAUCACUAAGAAGUGAAGUUCUUGCCAUUGGCAAAGGCUCUAUUAAGCAUAUUCCAUCAGUCCAGUCCAAUACAACGUGAGCAAAGGUUUUUCUUAGUUGCGAACCAUGUUCGUGACCUAAUAGUAAGAGCUUAAUAGUGUGACACUUCAAUCCUGACUUCGAGUUCAACUACUAACAUUACUCUUCAACCCCCUUAUAUGUAAUUGUAAUGGAUAAUUAUCUUAUUAAAAAAAGGGGGGUUUUCUUGUCCAUUUGCAUCUAAAGAAAAAUUACAUAAGAGAUGUUGUUAAUGAGUUAUUGUUGUAAUAGUUAUAUGACAUACCCAAGAGAUCUAAUUC